GACUCUCAUCGCAACUCCAACACGGAACCGACUCUUCAAACUUCUCGCGUCUUCGCCGAAAGUAAAGUCGACGCGACCGUUUCCCGAGGGAUUGCAGAGCUCCAGUGACUUGUCCCGUCUGUGAAACUCCGCUUCAAUCAUCUCAUUCACAAGUCUCUGAAGGAUCUGCAGCCGCAGAUAAAAGACCACCCAGAUCACAGAAUGAGACGACGGCACACGAGCAUCCAAAGGCGGCGGCGUUAACGUCUGAGUCGUAGUGUGAAACAUCCGGCAGCAGGUCAGCGAUUCAGAGAAAAAAGCUGGGCUGCUACUGUCAGACGGCGCUGGAGGACAAUCGAGUGCGACGGCUGCAGCCGCUGCCGGUGCGUUCGUGUGGUGUGGACUUUCUCACGUUGCGCUGGAUACGCACAGGCUCACACACACAGAUCCAGGAGCUCGCUCUCGCUCUCGCUCUCGCUCGCACGCCCGCCGCCCCCCUCCCCUCCUCUGGCACGCGGACUCGGAGGGAGAGGCGGUGCGCGAGUAGCCGACCCCGUGCUGUAGAGCGGAGCGGCAGAACCUACCAUGCCCGUGCAGGGAGAGCCACUGAAGUGCUGUCUGUCUCUGUGCCUCUGGAGCCCGAGUCCCCUGCUGCUGCUCUGGCUGCUCGUGCAGGCGCACGGGAACAUCCUGGACAGCAUGCUGCUCCGCGCGUCCAGCAAGGAGGCGGCGGAUGGCGAGAAGGAGACCAGCGGCAGCGCGGCGCCCGCCUCGGCCUCCCAGAGGCUCCUGUGGUGCCAGUGCUACCACCACUGCCCCGAAGAUUCAACCAACAACACGUGCAGGACGGAUGGCUUCUGUUUCACCAUGGUGGAGGAGGAGGGGGGCGUGCCGGUGGAGACGUUGGGCUGCCUGGGCCUGGCUGGGUCAGAGUUUCAGUGUAGGGACCGGGGAAGCGGCCGUCAGAGGAGGACGAUAGAGUGCUGCACAGACCAGGAUUACUGCAACAAACACCUGCAUCCCACUCUCCUGCCGCGCAAGCCGCCGGUGUACGACGGGAAUAUCCACCACAUGGCCUUGUGGAUCUCUGCCACUGUUUGCAGCAGCCUGCUGGUUGCUGUUGUUGCCUUCUGCUACGUCAGGUACAAGUGUCAGGAGUCCCGUCCUCGCUACAGCAUCGGCCUGGAGCAGGAUGAGACCUACAUUCCCCCCGGAGAGUCUCUGAAGGACCUGAUAGACCAGUCUCAAAGCUCAGGCUCAGGAUCAGGCCUCCCUCUAUUGGUCCAGAGAACAAUCGCCAAGCAGAUCCAGAUGGUGAAGCAGAUCGGCAAGGGGAGGUACGGCGAGGUGUGGAUGGGCAGGUGGAGGGGAGAGAAGGUGGCCGUGAAGGUCUUCUACUCCAGGGAGGAGCGCAGUUGGUUCAGAGAGACCGAAAUAUACCAGACUGUCCUAAUGAGACACGAGAACAUACUGGGCUUCAUAGCCGCAGACAUUAAAGGAACUGGCUCCUGCACCCAGCUCUACCUGAUCACAGACUACCACGAGAACGGCUCUUUGUACGACUACCUCAAAUCAACCACGCUGGACAACAAAGCCAUGCUGCGGCUGGCCUACUCCUCCGUGUCUGGACUCUGCCACCUCCACACAGAGAUCUUCGGCACCCAGGGCAAGCCUGCCAUCGCCCACCGGGACCUGAAGAGCAAGAACAUACUGGUGAAAAGGAAUGGGACCUGUUGUAUCGCCGACCUGGGACUGGCUGUCAAGUUUAUCAGUGACAGUAAUGAGGUCGACAUCCCCCCCAACACUCGGGUCGGCACAAAGCGGUACAUGCCUCCAGAGGUUCUGGAUGAGACCCUGAACAGAAGUCAUUUUCAGUCGUACAUCAUGGCUGACAUGUACAGCUUUGGGCUCAUUCUGUGGGAGAUCGCUCGGCGCUGUGUGUCCGGAGGGAUCCUGGAAGAGUACCAGUUACCGUAUCAUGAGCUGGUUCCUACAGACCCAUCGUAUGAAGACAUGAGAGAGGUGGUCUGCAUUAGGAGACUGCGUCCGUCGUUUCCUAAUCGAUGGACCAGCGAUGAGUGUCUGAGACAGAUGGGGAAGCUGAUGACAGAAUGCUGGGCCCUCAGCCCGGCCUCGCGCCUCACAGCCUUACGGGUCAAAAAGACACUCGCCAGGAUGUCAGAAUCGCAGGACAUCAAGCUGUGAGGAGGCUCCACCAGGUGUGCGCUAACACACGCGAAGAGCACAACACCUUUUUCUGGGUGGGACAGGAAUCGAGAAGGUCCAUUUGGAGAUACCAGGACCACAAAUGUUGAGUCGAGAUGCCAAGAACUCUGUAAUUUGAUGAAAUGACUACAGUGGUUUGCUAAAACCUAAAUUGAUGCAACAAAACAAUCAGGUCUCAUUGCCGCCUAGUCUGGGGACUCUAAAACCAGAUUUAAGUUCCUGUCCACACUCCACAGGUGUUGGAGACACGUACUGUAGCAGCAGAGAUAUGCAAACAGGCUACUGACCAGUGAGUGGAACACGGUAUCGCUGCUUUCUGUGAAAGCUACCCUACCUGUAGAUGAAGGUCUGAUGAAGGGAUGCGUUUAAGGCCGAUUGGUUACUGCAGCAUCAAUCCUCCUUUCCAACACUGUCACCCUACUACUGGCUUUAUAUUGUAAUUGGUUUAAACACACGUCGUCACUGCUUUUGGUUACAAGACACGAUGUGACAUGAGAGCGUAUGUUGAGGCUUUAAAAGUUCUGUUAAUGCUGGUUAACAUUUGUAGACACUGAAGAACAGGUGUACUUUUGAGUUGCGUUUUAAAAAAAAGUGUAUUUUCCAUGUAAAACUAAAACUUUCUAAAACUAUAUGAGAAAAAUAAAGUUUAUCUGUCCAAAUGGAUUCUG